UGAACUCUAAUAGGGGGGCUGAGGGCGGUUGCAAAAAGUGAACGACGCAUCUCUCAGGUUCACCCACACAAGGACCUUGGGUUAUGAAGAGGAGUAGACGAGUUUUCUGGCAACUGGAUUUCGCAUCAGUGAUUGGAAAUACAACUCUAUUAAGAAACAUGGAAGUACAGUCAUCUUUCUUCCGUCUCCAGAACGACCGGACUGACCCUUAAUAUUUGAAUUCCACACAGUAUUGUGCGUCAGGGGCUCAAACCCAACUAAGAGCCGAGACACAACAGUGUUCAGAAAAGCAAGCAACACCACCAACCUGUGUACAGACGGACAGACAAGUUCAGAUUUGCACUUUAACGUGCAGACCUUAUCGUCCGUGUGGAACUGUUACUUUUUCCUUCCCUGAAAAGUCGCGUGGGGUUCAUCCAAAGGAUUCGUUUUUUGUAUGGAGGCCUAGAGAGGACAUACUAGCAGAACUCAGUUGGACUGAAAACAACAAAAACAACAUCAUCAACAACAUCAUCAACAACAACAACAACAGCAACUACAAAAACACAGAGACAAAGCAUCAGCUUCCUUUCCCCUGCAGAGUAAGAAGCAAGAGAAGAUUCCUCCCCCUUAGGAGAAAGGAAAAUAAGCUUAUACUUUCCACCUUUCUUUCCGGAUGCCUUCUGAGGUGCUUCUCUAUGGACAGGCUCAUGCCUCGUGUCAGACUGCUUAGGUCUCGGAGAGCCUUCCCUCCAACCCAGCCAGGAGAGAGCGAGAGAGUAAGUGAAACUCUCCAGUCAAAAAAAUAAAAAAUAAAACAUUUUCAAAGGAGAUACAUCCCUUAAGUAAUUAAGUAUUUUCUGUCGUGCUGCCAAAGCUGCCGAGAGAUAUGAGAGCAGAUAUUUGACGAUUUUUUAAAAUAAUUUUUUAAAUUCUACUUCAGAAGGGAAAUAUUGUAGUUAACCUUCAACACUUAUCAGGGGGUUGUGUGUCACCCCAUUUUUUACCUCUGCUUUUUAUUUGGACUUCAAGCCAAACAGGCACCUUUUUUCCAGAGUCUAGCCUUCACCAUGUCUGUGCCCGGGGGCCAUUUGAUAGACUCCAUUACCCGGCAGUGGCGAGGCCGCAGUGGCCGCAGCUCUUGUCAGCUACUGAUUGCACUGGCCGGCAUCCUCCUUCUCCUCUUCCCCGUGGUGGCGGUCAGCAAGGCGGCCAAGCCUCGGGCGCCGGGACACCCGCACCUCAACUCUAUCCGAAUCGACGGCGACAUCUCCCUGGGUGGCCUGUUCCCCGUACAUGCCCGCGGCCAUGACGGCAAGGCCUGCGGUGAGCUGAAGAAGGAGAAAGGCAUCCACCGGCUGGAGGCCAUGCUCUUCGCGCUCGACCGCAUCAACAACGACAAUGAGCUGCUGCCCAACAUCACGCUGGGCGCGCGCAUCCUGGACACGUGCUCGCGCGACACCCAUGCACUGGAGCAGUCGCUCACCUUCGUGCAGGCGCUCAUCGAGAAGGACGGCACCGACGUCAAGUGCCUGAGUGGCGGCCCGCCAAUCAUCACCAAGCCCGAGCGCGUGGUGGGCGUCAUCGGGGCCUCGUCCAGCUCUGUGUCCAUCAUGGUGGCCAACAUUCUGCGUCUCUUCAAGAUUCCCCAAGUGAGCUACGCCUCCACAGCUCCGGAGCUGAGCGACAACACUCGCUACGACUACUUCUCUCGCGUGGUGCCCCCGGACACCUAUCAGGCACAGGCCAUGGUGGACAUCGUCAAGUUCAUGCGCUGGAACUAUGUGUCCACCGUGGCCUCGGAGGGCAGCUAUGGUGAAAGCGGGGUGGACGCCUUCAUACAGAAGUCAAGAGAGGACGGAGGAGUGUGCAUCGCCCAGUCUGUGAAGAUUCCUCGGGAGCCCAAACCGGGAGAGUUUGAUAAAAUCAUAAACAGACUCAGGGACAACCCAAAUGCUCGGGUGGUCGUUUUAUUUGCAAGUGAGGAUGAUAUUAGACGACUCCUGCAAACGGCCAAGAAUGCUAGUGGACCCGGUCACUUUAUUUGGAUAGGGUCUGACAGCUGGGGGUCAAAGAUAUCCCCGGUGUUACAUCAGGAAGAGAUGGCGGAGGGAGCCAUCACCAUUCUGCCCAAGCGUCAGCCCAUCAAAGGAUUUGAUCGCUACUUUAUCAGCCGGACGCUGGACAACAACAGAAGAAAUAUUUGGUUCGCCGAGUUCUGGGAGGAUAAUUUCCAGUGCAAACUCAGCCGGCAUGCCCUGAAGAAAGGAUCAGGCAUCAAGAAAUGCACAAAUCAUGAACGGAUUGGGAAAGACUCUAAUUACGAACAAGAGGGCAAAGUGCAGUUUGUUAUAGACGCUGUCUAUGCUAUGGCCCACGCCUUGCACAACAUGCACAAGGAGCUUUGCCCAGGGAGGGUUGGCCUCUGCCCAGCGAUGGAAUCCAUUAACGGCUCCAUGCUUCUUAAAUACAUCCGCAAAGUCAACUUCACAGGUAUUGCUGGCAUUCCUGUUGUCUUCAAUGUGAAUGGAGAUGCCCCUGGACGUUAUGAGAUCUUCCAGUAUCAGAUAAGGAAUCACACUAAAGAAUACAAAGUCAUCGGGCAUUGGAUAGACCAGCUUCAUUUAAAUGUCACAGACAUCCGAUGGCCUGGAGGUUCCCGUGAGGUCCCCACCUCUAUCUGCAGCCAGCCGUGCCGCCCGGGGGAGCGCAAGAAGUCGGUGAAGGGCAUGCCGUGCUGCUGGCACUGCGAGCGCUGCGAUGGCUAUCAGUACCUGGCCGACACACACACCUGCAAGAUGUGCCGCUUCGACCUGCGGCCCAAUGAGAACCACACGGCGUGCCAGCCCAUCCCCAUCAUCAAGCUGGAGUGGAGCUCGCCGUGGGCACUCAUCCCAGUCUUCAUCGCCAUCCUGGGCAUCUCGGCCACUUUCUUCGUGGUGGUCACCUUUGUGCGCUACAACGACACGCCCAUUGUCAAGGCGUCGGGUCGCGAGCUCAGCUACGUGCUGCUGACGGGCAUCUUCAUGUGCUACGCCACGACCUUCCUGAUGAUCUCCACGCCGGAUGUGGGCGUCUGCUCGCUCCGACGCAUCUUCCUCGGGCUGGGCAUGAGUAUCAGCUACUCGGCGCUGCUGACCAAGACCAACCGCAUCUACCGCAUCUUCGAGCAGGGCAAGAAGUCGGUGAGCGCGCCGCGCUUCAUCAGCCCGGCGUCGCAGCUCGUCAUCGCCUUCAGCCUGAUCGCCGUGCAGCUGCUGGGCGUGUGCAUCUGGUUCGGAAUGGACCCGUCGCCACUGGCCAUCAUCGACUACGAGGACCAGCGCACGGCCAACCCAGAGCUGGCGCGGGGCGUGCUCAAGUGCGACAUCUCGGACCUCUCGCUCAUCUGCCUGCUCGGCUACAGCAUGCUGCUCAUGGUCACGUGCACGGUGUACGCCAUCAAGACGCGAGGGGUGCCCGAGACUUUCAAUGAGGCCAAGCCCAUUGGCUUCACAAUGUACACCACGUGCAUCAUCUGGCUGGCAUUCAUACCCAUCUUCUUUGGGACCUCACAGUCAGCAGAAAAGCUGUACAUUCAGACGACCACGCUGACCAUCUCGGUGAGCCUCAGCGCCUCCGUGUCCCUGGGGCUGCUCUACAUGCCCAAAGUGUACGUGGUGCUCGUCCACCCGGAGCAGAACGUACCCAAGCGCAAGCGCAGCCUGAAGGCCGUUGUCACCGCCGCCGCCAUGUCCAACAAGUUCACUCCCAAGGGGGGCCUCAGACCCAACGGGGAGGCCAAGUCGGAACUCUGCGAGAGCUUGGAAACACAAGCUUUGUCUUCAAAGCAAACGUACAUCAGCUACAGUAACCAUGGCAUCUAAAAGCGACUGAGCCCCCCGCCACUCCUCCUUGUGGCCCGUUGGUCAGCUGAAGACUGGAAAUGACAACACGAGGCAGCAAAGGGUGAUGGGCAACAGGAAAUAAAAAAUGAUACAAGGAAGAAUCAAAUAAUAUUUUGGGAUCCUUUCUUUUUCCAUUUCAACUCAUACAGGCAGUGUGAGAGGGGGAACCUGCCACAGAAAUGACAGUGAAAUCUCCCCUCCCUCAGCCCAUCCUUCGGGUUUCCAAGGUAACAGUGAAGACAGUGUUUUCCUUCUGGAGUUUGUAUUGUGUCUUCAUGAUGGUUUUGUUCAAGCUUGACUUAUGUGAAGUUAUUUUUUAUAUAAAUAUUUUCAAUGUUCAUGGACUAUUAUUUAAGUUUUUGUGUCUGCAGUGGAGCAUCUCUAUAUUUAGAAUUUUAUUUUAUUUAGUUUAUUUAAAGGAAGUGCUGUCAAAGAUUAAAAGCCUAUUUGACACUCAACAAAUAUGUUUCAUGGCACCACUGCACCCCACACUCAAGAAAAUAUCCAUGAUAUUCAAAAUAUCCAUCCUUUUGAAGUUCACACACUGUAUAGGUGGCUGAUUGUAAAUGGUCCUGUCCAUUAUUUCUGGAGAGCGAAUUUGGUAUCAAUGCUGUAUUAAUAGCUAUUUGACAUCACAAAGGACAAUGAUGCUGACUAUUUGUUGAUUCACAAGCAAACAAAAGGCAAAUAUAAUAUGCAAUGUCCAAACACUCUUUCAUACACUCACACACAAACACAGAUGCACACACACACAUAGACACACCCACCCACAUACACACGC